AUGUCAGCAACUGCAACAGCUACAACUACAGCAACCACACCUCCAUCAAACGCAACUGCAGCACCCUCAACUCUAGCAACCACAAUCCCAGCACCCACAACCAUGGCAACCACAACCGCAGCACCCACAACCGCAGCAACCACAAUCCCAGCAUCCACAACCGCAGCAACCACAAUCCCGGCACCCACAACCGCAGCAACCACAAUCCCAGCACCCACAACCGCAGCAACCACAACCGCAGCACCCACAACCGCAGCAACCACAAUCCCAGCACCCACAACCGCAGCAACCACAAUCCCGGCACCCACAACCGCAGCAACCACAAUCCCAGCACCCACAACCGCAGCAACCACGAUCCCAGCACCCACAACCGCAGCAACCACAAUCCCGGCACCCACAACCGCAGCAACCACAAUCCCAGCACCCACAACCGCAGCAACCACGAUCCCAGCACCCACAACCGCAGCAACCACAAUCCCAGCACCCACAACCGCAGCAACCACAACCGCAGCAACCACAACCGCAGCAACCACAAUCCCAGCACCCACAAUCCCAGCAACCACAAUCCCAGCACCCACAACCGCAGCAACCACAACCGCAGCAACCACAAUCCCAGCACCCACAACCGCAGCAACCACAACCGCAGCAUCCACAACCGCAGCAACCACAACCGCAGCACCCACAACCGCAGCAACCACAAUCCCAGCACCCACAACCGCAGAAACCACAAUCCCAGCACCCACAACCACAGCAACCACAAUCCCAGCACCCACAACCGCAGCAACCACAACCGCAGCAACCACAACCGCAGCAACCACAACCGCAGGAACCACAAUCCCAGCACCCACAACCACAGCAACCACAAUCCCAGCACCCACAGCCGCAGCAACCACAACCGCAGAAACCACAAUCCCAGCACCCACAACCGCAGCAACCACAAUCUUGGCACCCACAACCGCAGCAACCACAACCCCAGCACCCACAACCGCAGCAACCACAAUCCCAGCACCCACAACCGCAGCAACCACAACCGCAGCAACCACAACCGCAGCACCCACAACCGCAGCAACCACAAUCCCAGCACCCACAACCGCAGAAACCACAAUCCCAGCACCCACAACCGCAGCAACCACAAUCCCAGCACCCACAACCGCAGCAACCACAACCGCAGCAACCACAACCGCAGCAACCACAACCGCAGCAACCACAACCGCAGCAACCACAACCGCAGCAACCACAAUCCCAGCACCCACAACCGCAGCAACCACAAUCCCAGCACCCACAGCCGCAGCAACCACAAUCGCAGCAACCACAACCGCAGCAACCACAACCGCAGCAACCACGGUCCCAGCACCCACAAUCGCAGAAACAACAUUCCCAGUACCCACAACCGCAGCAACCACAAUCCCAGCACCCACAACCGCAGCAACCACAACCGCAGCAACCACAAUCGCAGCAACCACAACCGCAGCAACCACGAUCCCAGCACCCACAACCGCAGCAACCACAAUACCAGCACCCACAACCGCGGGACCCACAAUCGCAGCAACCACAACCGCAGGACCCACAAUCGCAGGACCCACAACCGCAGCACUCACAACCGCAGCACUCACAACCGCAGGACCCACAAUCGCAGGACCCACAACCGCAGCACCCACAACCGCAGUACCCACAACCGCAGGACCCACAACAGCAGGACCCACAACUGCAGGACCCACAACCACAGUACCCACAACAGCAGCACCCACAACCGCAGCACUCACAACCGCAGGACCCACAACCGCAGCACCCACAACCGCAGCACUCACAACCGCAGGACCCACAACCGCAGCACCCACAACUGCAGGGCCCACAACCGCAGCACCCACAACCGCAAUAACCACACCUGUAGCACCCUCAACCACAUCACCCAAUACUGCAGAACCAAAAACCGCUGAACCGACAACCGCAUCACCGUCAACUGCAGCACCUACCACCCCAGCACCCACAACCCGAGCACCCACCACUGCAGCACCCACAGCUGCAGCACCCACAACUUCAGCAACCACAACUGCAACACCAACAACCCCAGCAACCACAACCCCAGCACCCACAACCUCAGCAACCACAACCACAUCUCCCACAACAGUGAUACCCACAUUGCCGUCAAGUAUGACAUCCAUGUGUGACUCACAAACUCAAGAUGGUGGUUGUGUCUUCCUGGACUUCACAAGCGGAUGGACCAAGGGCAGUGGUAUGAAUUCUGGUGUAAGCCAGUUGAGUGGUGGAUUCACAGGUGUGGAGACUAUCUACUUUGCCUCUCCGCAAGGUGCACCUGUACCCAGUCUCUCAGGAUAUGUAUUCACCUUGCCAUGUACAGUCAGGCUGGUAUUGCAGCAAAAUGCAUCCGAUUCCUGCACGGCUGCUGUACUAAAUUCCCUGUCUUCAUUCAGUGUUGCUGGUGGACUCUGUUCUCCAUCGAUAUCAGUACUUCAAGCUGAUGUAACGGACAGUCUAUUUAGAGCAAAUCAAGUUCAGCUGGGAGGAAGCAGUGACCCAGUAGAUGUCAUUCAUUUGCUCAAUGUAACAUCACUCGCAGCUGGAAACACUCUAAAUCUGUGGAAUGCUACAUCAUCAUGCAAAGUCACAAAUGAAACUUUGAUACCAACUACCCAACCCCCAAUGACCCAAGGACCAACAACGCAAUCACCAACAACACAAGUGCCAACAACCCAAGUGCCAACAACUCAAAUACCCACAACACAAGCACUAUCAACCCAAGCCCAAACAACCCAGCCACCGACAACCCAAGCACAAACAACACAAGCCACAAGUCCAACAACCCAGCUACCAACAACACAAGUACCCACAACCCAAGCGCCAACAACCCAAGUGCCAACAACCCAGCCACCAACAACCCAGCCACCAACAACCCAGCCACCAACAACCCAGCCACCAACAACCCAAGCGCCAACAACCCAAGCGCCAACAACCCAGGCACCAACAACCCAAGUACCAACAACCCAGGCGCCAACAACUCAAGCACCAACAACCCAAGCGCCAACAACCCAAGCGCCAACAACCCAAGCGCCAACAACCCAAGCGCCAACAACCCAAGCGCCAACAACCCAAGCGCCAACAACCCAAGCGCCAACAACCCAAGCGCCAACAACCCAAGCGCCAACAACCCAAGCGCCAACAACCCAAGCGCCAACAACCCAAGCGCCAACAACCCAGCCACCAACAACCCAAGUGCCAACAACCCAAUUGCCAACAACUCAAGUACCAACAACCCAAGCUCCAACAACUGGAGCUGCAACAACCCAGUCUUCCACAACCAAUGAGAGAGCAACCCCUCUGGGAACUGCUCAACCACCAACAGCGGUACCUUCCGAUAUAGCAUUCACAUGUGAUGCACAAGACGAUAGCUGCAUAUUCCUCAACUUUACCAGUGGCUGGACAAAGGAAAUUGGCAUGAAUUCUGGUUUAUAUCAGCUGAAUGGUGGGAUAAGCGGACUGAUGAACACAGAGACAGUCUUCUUUUCUCCCCCGGAUGGUGUACCGGCACCUGGUUACCCAGGCUUUGUCUUCAACCUGCCCUGCACAGUUCAGUUGACGUUGCAACAAAGUGCCAGCAGCUGCACACCUGCGCCUUUGCAGCAUCUUCCACCAUUCAGUCUAUCUGGUAGUCCAUGCACUACGACAGUGCUGACAGCUGUUGUGACCAACAAACUAUUUCAAGCAAACCGCAUCACACUGGCUGGAGGUAGUGAACCUAUGGAUGUGAUUCGACUGCUCAAUGUAACAUCACUUGCCAUGGAAAACACUCUAACGCUGCUGAAUGCCUCGUCUUCAUGCAGUGUGGUUAGAGAGACUACAACAGUGAUAUACUACUCCUGUUCUGGAGAGCAGAAUGCAACAUCAUUUACGUACACAUGCAGUAGUGCUGAUGGUCCAUGUCACGUUCCACUGCAAUGUACAAAUGUUACAUCGUGCCGGAGCAAUGGAACUCAAGGAUAUAGUUUUGACAUACUGUUCCAGUGUCCAGUGACUGGCAGGAACAUGACAGCACAAUGUAGAAAUGAGAGCAGCCCAAUAGCUCGUGGCUCUGGUUUUGGCUGUAGUAAUGAACCACCAACACUGCCUAGCAGCUGUGAUGCUGCCUCACUGCCCCGUCUUAACAGCAAUUCUGGAAAUUUGACUCAACUAAAUGGAAGUCAUGUGAAUAUAACGUGUUACAAGAAUUUUAGAUGUCUAGGUCGGGAAUCCGUGGUUGUGUCAUGUGCGGAGUUUCAAGGAAAUUGCUGUCAGCCAUUGCAAUGUCCAAUUCUCCGUCCGCUGUCCAAUGGCACCUAUGCACCAGCAAUGUUCUCAAGGCGUGUGGGUAGCUCUGUCACAGUACAAUGUGUGAGUGGAUACCGGGUAUCAUUCCUGUCAGCACUGCCUCCAGAUCCACCAACAACUAGUAUCAACCUUACUUGCUUGGAAUCAGGCAGUUGGUCAUCGUCUGAUCCUAUUUGUCAGGUUGUUGAUUGUGGAACACCACGGAAUCCAACAUUGUCAGUGCCUGGGGAAAUGUACGCCACAUCAUUGUCAUCAAGUGGAAGUUCCAGCCCGGGCAGUGUCAUGAUGUAUGAGUGCCCGCAGAGCUUGAUAAUCAAAGGAACCCAACCAGCCAUGAACAGAAGUAGCCUAACAUGUCAACUGAGUGGUAAUUGGACAGGUGCAGUGCCAAUAUGUACUGCUUUAUCCUCUCCCACUGUAGCGGCAACAACACAAUCAACCACACAACAAACUACACCAACAGCAACGGCACCGGCAACAGCACAGACAACCCAGGUAUCAACCACAUCACCUCCAACAUCACAACCUGCUACCACAGUAGCACGGACCACACAAAGACAAACAACAGCAGGAGGAAUGACAACGCAACCAUCCACAACCCAGGCACCAACAACUCAAGCCCCCACAACCCAGGCACCAACAACUCUAGUUCUGACAACACGGGUAUCAACACGAACAACGCGACCAAGAACAAGCCGAGCACCGAGGACUACUCGGACACGGACAGCUACAUCUCAAACGUCACGACCCGGUACAGGAACACAAGGUCAAACAGCUCAAACACAGUCAACUGGAUCAGCAUCAACUUCAUCCUCAGCAUCAUCUCUUCCAACAUCAACCUCCACAAUGGAAGUUCAAUCAUCCGUAGGAGUAGUGGGGCCUGCUGCAAGUUCAGGAAACACAUUGGCAAUAGGAGUAGGGGCUGGUGUUGGUGGAGUACUGCUGGUGUUGGUCAUUGUUAUCAUUCUGAUUGUCCUUAUCAGGAGAAGUGGCAGCAGCAGCAAGGGAGGGGCAGAAGUAGCUGGAUACGAAGAUACUAUGCCAAACAAUGCAAGUGGCCGCUUUGCCUCAACCCGUGGUCGGGAGGGUCGUGAUUCGGUUGUCCUGUCCAACUAUUCCGUCACAAAAGAUGGCGUUGAAGGUGGAAAGCCUAAAGAAGAUUCCCUGUAUGACAAUUUGGUGCGUGAGCCAGCCGAGUCUUCAUUCAGCACUGGUGUUAAAGAGAGCAACGCCGAGGAUGAGACCGAUGCAGGAGACUACGACCGCCUCGACCGGACGAAAACAAAUGCCAUGCUAGCGGCUCGCACCAGCACCAUGUCGUCAACCAGUGGCAGUGUCAGCGGAGGUGGUGGUACACUGAAGUCAGAUACAUCGGACAAGCCGGGUGGUCAACAAACUCGGUAUGAGUUUAUUGCCCCUGGAGUGAAGCCGCAGAUGGCAACACGACCAAAGAGAAGUUCGGCUGCUUCCAAGAAGACAGAGGAGGCGCCGGCUCAAAGUGAAUACUCGGUUGUGGACAUCAAAAAGAAGACCGACAAGUCUAAAGACGAAGACGAAACGGACAUCGACUAUGAGAGAGUGCAGCCGGAAGCCCCGACCAAGACGGGCGACACUUCCAUCCUGAUUAGCGCUGCACCUACCAGUGACGCCUCGGCUAACUACAGCACUGUUGAGUUCCUCAGGCCCGGCAGUGGAAGUGUCAGCCAGCAGAAUAAACCGGAGAAGACAACAGACACAACAAUCUAUUCUGAUGUUGUCAUUCCUUGAGAAUAGCACGAUACACUCACGUGGAGACACCCUCGUUCCGCGUAUUGCUUAUCUUUUUGUUAGUUCUUUCUUUUCCUUGAGACACUUGAGUGAUCGUAGCAUUCCUGCACCCAUGUGAGAAGACCGGGAAAGUGCCUGGCCCCGUUCCACACAGUAGCAUUGGUACAUUGCUUGCUGACAGCUACGUACCCGUGCAGGUGGCAACAUCCCAGGGUACUUCUUCUUCUUCAGCCUUUGGCUUGCUAGGGCUCUAACUUUGUCGCAACAUUGCCAAUGUCCCCCCCCCCCCCCCUCUUGCUGAUGUUUUGCGCAUGCAGAAAGCAAUGGGGACUCCCCUCCAACUCAUAUCAUUUUGAUAGUGCGACUUCCUUGGACGACGUGCAUCGCUCACAUGAUAUCCACCUUACAUCAUGGGUGCAUGGAGCUUCUCAACUGACUUCAUAUUCAAAUCCAUUGAACAGUAUCACAACUAUCUUCUUUGUUAGGAAUUCGAAUUUAUUUAGUGAACUUAGACACGUACAAUGCAUAACAAAUACACACACGCACACACAAAUUUCUGGUAUCAAAAAUUGUUAGGAACUUACGAAAGACACCACAGCAUACUUCAGGACAUACGUGGACAAAGGAUUCUCUGAAUCCGAGAUCACUAAAAUUCUGUACAUUGAAUACUUUCUGAUAUUUACAUUAUCAACAUUUCAAUAUAGAUUAAAAUACGUUGGCCUUUUUUCGAUAUAUAUAUUGGAUUCUGGUUGAAAUGUUAUGAUCCAUUU